CGCCACUCGAACGCAGUCGGUCGCCGGACGCGUGGGCCAACGCACGUGGUACCGACGUAUAGUGUUUCCGCGAACCCCUUCAGCAGAUUUUCGAAGAGGUGCCUGGAGCAAUGUAAUCUCUGAAGCUUUUCCAUCUUUUCCCCGAAAAGUGGAUUUAUAAGGUGGGUCGAGUGGCUUAUUUCGAUACGACAGUGUGUGAGCGGAACUAGUUGUGGAGAGCUGUGUUUUUGGUGUAGAAAGGUAGAAAUAAUGCUGCAAAAGAAAAGGACAUCACAACAACGUCAUCUGCGAACUGUUGUAAGACAUCAUCCUGUGAAUUCAUCUGAGACAGCAGCCUUUCGAAGUUAUGACGAUGUUGUGCAGGAAUAAGUGUCCCUCCUCCUCCUGGGCCCUCACGGUAUCUCAGGUUCUUAUGUAUUGACGGACUGUAGUUUUGGAAGCUUUGUAUCUCUGGUACUAGAAAGAAUGUAACAUUCGUCGUGAUGUGGUCCCUGUGGACUGCUCACGAAAAUGGCAGUUGAAAGCACCAUAGACGUCAGUGGAUCAUCUGAAGUGGCUCUCCUUUGAGUUCUGAAGACACCGUGAGUUGAGGAAUCCCACUGACACUCCGCCGCAUGCGGCGGCCAUGAGAGGCCCGUCCGUGGAAAGGUGAGCCGGCUCGUGGAGCCGCCAUGCUGCGGCCAUCGCCGCCGCCGCCGCCGCCUCCGCCGCCCCCGCUGCCUCUGCUGCUGCUCGCCGUUUUCGUGCUGUUGAUCUCCCUGGAACACCACUUGGCCGCCGCCUGCCCGUCCGCGUGCAAGUGCAUGUGGAAGGGCGGCAAACAGACCGUGGAGUGCAUCGGCGAAGGUCUCAUCACCAUCCCAGACGGAAUAGACCCAGGUACGCAGGUGCUGGAGUUCUCAGGGAACAACCUGCAGUCGCUUCCCAGGGAACGCUUCCAGAGGAUGGGCAUUAUCAACCUGCAGCGCAUCUACCUGGCCCGUUGCCGCAUCGUUCAGAUAGACGACCGCGCCUUCAAAGGACUGACCAAUCUGGUGGAGCUGGACCUGUCUCAGAACCAGCUGCGCUACGUGCCCACAGCAACCUUCAGUGACUAUCCUUCGCUCAUGAGGCUCAUCAUGAAUGGGAACCCCAUCCGAUCUUUGGAAGCGGGCGCUUUCAAAUCCUUGCCGUUUCUGACGACGUUAGAAUUGUCUGACUGUGAAAUUGAAACUGUGGAACCUGGAGCUUUUUCUGGUCUAGAUAAUCUGGAGUGGCUCAAGUUGGAUGGGAACCGUCUCAACAACAUCAGGGGUACCGACACUCUCCCGAGUACCCUUCACGAGAUUUAUCUGCACCAGAAUCCUUGGCAGUGUGACUGCAGGCUAACUGACCUGAGGGCGUGGCUGGUGACGUAUAAGGUUCCACAUACAGAAGAGCCCAAAUGUACAUCACCUGGGCGGCUGAAAGGGGAGCUCAUAAAGACACUGGACUUGAACGAUCUCGCUUGUCUCCCAGAUGUCUCCCCCACGACCCUGUAUCUUGAGAUUGCUGAGGGUAAGAACGUUUCACUCUUGUGUAGGGUGUCUGCGAUACCAGAGGCUCGAGUGUCGUGGUGGUUUCAAGGGAGGAUACUUCAGAACGAUUCACUAGUGGCUCCUGGUGUUCACCUGUACUACUUCGUAGAGGAAGGUUCAGAAGAAAAGAAGAGUGAGCUGUUCAUCUUCAAUACCAACACAGAAGACAACGGCACUUUUGUCUGUGUGGCUGAGAAUCCAGCUGGGAAGAGCCAUUCCAACUACACUAUACGUAUAAUCGUGAGGGAGGAACCCAUUGUCGGGCCGCCGCCGUUCCCUUACGAGUACGUAAUAACGAUAGCGUGCUCCAUAUCAGUAAUAGUGCUCUUCUUGCUGAUCGGCGUGGUGGCGUGCGCGGUACGUUGCCGACGGAGGCGCAUGCGCCGCCGGAAGAAGGAGCGCAGCAAGGUGGUUGCCCUGCAGCAAGGUAAGGGCGCCCCUCUCAACCCCAUCACGAGGCUGGGCGGCGCCGGGGGCCUGGGCGGCGCGCGCGCCCCAGAGGGAACAGCGGGGGUGGUGCCGCCCCCGGCCAAGGCCAACGGCGCGCUGCUGAUGGGGGCGGGGGCGGACGGACGGUCGCACGCCCUGCCGCCGCUGCAACACGACGUCAUGAUGUCGCUGGCGGCAGCCGGAGGCGGCAGCGGCGGAGCGGCCAACCCCUGCCUCGCUGGCAGCCCCCACUCCAUGAGGUCAUACGCGCUGGAGGCUAACCCGGACCUCAUCAACGACACCGAGAGCAUCGGCAAGGAGAGGCAUCGCGGGGACGGAGACGGCGGGGAGGAGGCUGGAGGCGAGAGCGGCAGCUACCAGGAGGCGAUGGAGAACGUGGUGCCGCUGCACCCGCUGCGCCACCACCACCAGCUGCCUCACGACGCCGCCGCCGUGCCGCCCCCGCACCACCCCUUCAUGUACCGCACGCUGCCGCACAGCAGGUCGGUGGGGGCUGCGACGCCGUCGGCGCGCUUCUCUCGCGAGGCGGAGUUCCUGGCGCGCACCGCCUACGACCUGCACUACAGCCCGCCCGACGUGCGCUACACGCUGGAGGGGUACCCGGCGCCGGCACCCGCAUUGCCGCCCUUCCCAGGCCCCGCGCAGGACUCCGCAGGAUCGUACCAGGACGCUCCGUACCUGCCCUCGCCGCCGGCGCCCUACAAAGGCGAAACGACGCACUGCGUCGGCUCGCAGACAAACGGCGAGCUGCCCAACGGCGCGACUCUGUCUCCGACGGUGUCUCCUUCCGUCCCCGACGCGGCGGGAGUCGUGGUGCCGCCCCCGGUGGCUACUUCGUCGUCCACCGCCGUGGGCGACGCUUCCAACAACACCGGGGGCGGCGCCGGGGCCAAGCCGCCCCUGCAGAGGGCAGUGACCGCCGCCCACUGUCUCACAGAGUCCCCUGACGAGGGCUACGUGGGCGACGGCGCGGACGGGUCCGAUAUGUGACGUCAGCAGCCGAGGGCGGCGUCGGCGGCGGCAGCGGCGGCGAGGCGUCGCUCCAGCGUGCCGGUGGCCGGCGAAUUACGCUGGCGCUUCGACGACGCCGUCGACUUCUGCAAGGGGGACAACGUCGCCCUGUGAUCACUUACCGCAGAGACAUCCCCUCCGACGCAACAUAGCACUGAUGACCGUCUCUGACACUGACAGGGGAGCAGCUGGAGGCGACAUAAAGUAAUCACACAGUGUCUCUCAAGCGUCUUUCUCCUCCCUAGUCGUUCAGUACGCCCGAAUGACUGCCAUGGCGUUAACUUUCAUUUGCCCUCGGUUAUGACCACAGAGGUUUCCUCUAUUGGAGUACAGAGGUCGUUCCACAUAAUUCAGUUAUGGAAAUUCACCAUCAACAGCCGCAAGAGUCGUGUCCUGAGGAUACAUCUCACUUGUCCCUUUAUGCACCGCCUUCGACUGGUCGAUUGUCGUUGCAUAGUCGUCUUAUAUCUAGGCAUGGGGUUACGUUUCCCCUCCCUUCGAAUACACUGUGUUAGUGAGAGUGAUGAGAAAUCUGAGGCGGUCGGUGGAAGAGACUGGCGACCAACAAGAGCGUAUUUUAUGAUAUUAUACGUUAAAUUCAGAGUGCAAUAUGGCAAAAGAGUUUGUGUAUUGUACAGUACUCUCUAGCCUUACAUUUGAGAUUACUUGCUACUGACUAAUGUGAUACAUUCGAAGCACAACAGAUAACUUGAACUUAACAUUUCUUACUAAAUUCAGGGCUAGUAAUUUCUUCCGCUGACGCUUCCAAUGGGGUCUACACUGUCAUAAUAUCAAACAUUCUUCAUAUCCUGAGAACCACGUCAUCGAGUUAUCUCACGAAUUAUCCGAUAUUCCACCUCAUUUCUUUUCUACUUACAUUUGUCAGCAGUAAUGCGCACAUGAAGAGCAUACUUUCUUCACCAUUUAAAUAUUGUGGAUCAGAUAAUUUGAUACAGUUUAUUAUAUGUCCUGUUAUUCUCACAGUAUGCUGUUGUUCCACUCACAUUUAUGAAUAACGAAAAUGUUGCUUUUCAUGUACUUUUCUGUAAUGGAUAAAUCUAGAAAGAGACCCUAACACCUAUAUUUCUUUGCAAAAAUAAUGAGGCACCACCGGCUUCUAUUCGUUCCAUUGCUUUUGGCAUUGUUGCGCUACCCUUCACCUACCUGCGAACAUAAACCUCCUCAUAUCUAAAACUUCAGUAAUAAAUUUCAAUCUGAAACAGUUUUCAAUCAACAGGUAACAUUACGCUCCUCGGAGAGACAAUAGUAAGAAAAAUCUUAAAAAAAAACUGAGAAGAAACUCUUUGAAACUUAUAGUGUUUUUGUUGACUGUGUUCAUGUUUCAUCUGUUACUCAGUAGUGGUAAAAUACGUAACAUUGUUCCAUCUCUGUGCUGACACGUAGUUGCUGAUUUCAGUAACAGACAAUAGGAAGGUGUGGAUGUGAACUGGAGACUGCUCUUUUGUUCUGUCUGAAAUGGAGCUGUGAAAUAUGUAAGUAUUGCCAAAUAAUACUAGCUUCAUUAUUUCCAUCGCUAGACAACUACCAUGUCAAGACAACUUUUCGGAUUCCUACAGUUGUCGGUAAAACCCUGAUUCAUCAUCGCUGACUGUUACCAAGAACCUCAUUAGUAUCUACAUGACAUAUCCGAAAUAUUGCUUAACUAUCAUUCUUUCGUUUGAGAGGGUCUUAAGUCCAGCAUUGAAGUUUUAUUUUCUAUUUGAACGAGAGGGCAAUAGCUGUAAAUAGCAUUCAUUCGCAACAACUCAUUCCACAACAUUAUCUAUCUCACCACAUAUGCGGCGGAUUAAUGAUGUAGAGUCUCCACCAAUGCUGUCUCCUUUUGCUGUGUAAAAGGCGUAUUUGUCAGGAAUUGCUUAUAAGAAACUGGUUGCGUCGCACCGCACUACCACAUUAAUUCUUUCGCGUUCGUUAUUUGGAUGAAACACUUACCAAUUAACAUUACGAAGAAGGUUAUUUUUCCUCGCCUAAUUUCAGGGAAAUUAUUACAUGUGGAAGGUUGUUAAGAACUUGCGUUUUCGUUAUAGUUAUAGCAUCAGGUUCCAUAGUUUUCAGUCGUUACUCCAGACAGCUACCAACUAAAUUAAUAGGCAACAUUAUAGUUUUGUUUUUGUUGUGCUGAAAUAAUUUUGCUGUUACUAACCCGUUAAAGUGCAAAUGUAGCAUUCCACUCGCUUCAUAAGACGAACUAGCGCCCAGUUCUCUGUAGUGAGAUGUGUAAUGAAACAUCUGCGUUCCCUGUAUCUUCGUUAAAUACGGUCUAAUAUUAGGAGCUAACACUGGAUUCAUCUUUCCAUAACUUUGUUUGUUCAAUCACAUGACAACCCCGUCGACUUAUUUUGCUCUUACUUUCAUUCAUCACCAACAAAACUUUGCACAGUGUGUAACUGCUUUAAUAUAGUGUGGGGUACAAUUUUACGUAUGCAACAAGCAUCGAGAUUUUGGAGAUAGCGUUUUUAGUGAACGCGAUGUACAGGAAAAAGAUUUUAUCAGCAGUCGUCAACCAGAGACAGCAGUGGAGAAAUAACGUCUGUUCUAUAACUGGAGAUUGUAUUAUUAGUCUUAUUUGAGUUUUUGAAAAUUUAUUGCGAGUAACCAGUAUCAAGAUGACGGUGACUGAUUUUUUCUUCUCAAUGGCAAACAUUUAAGCUACUAUGCUUUCAACUCAUGUCAUACACUGACGCCAAAGAUAAAUUUCUUGCUAUGAAAAUAGUGUUGUGCGUAAGAUUGUGUCAUUUCCCUAUAUAGGACGAACUUUUCUGUCACUGUAGACUUUUCUAUUAAUCACAAAUGUAAAAUACGAAGGAAAUCGUUACUCUCACCUGUGUGUAAAUGAGUGUCUAAUAUAGAAAUGGUACCUAGGUAUUAAUCACAUCUGUGAUAGCCUGUGUACGUAUUAACAUCUAAAUACUGAACUGUGUUUUUUACCCUGUAAAUAUUCUUUGACAUUAACACGAAUCUUUGGUAAGAUGCUUGUUCAUGUGUAGAACAGGCUAAAUGUACUAGAGUCUUUGAAGUGUUGAAUCUGACAUAUACGAUAACAGACUUGAUAUGAAUGUAAACAUAGGAAAAGUGUUAAAAUAAGCAAGGAUUCUGCACUGUGGGACAACGAUGAUCAACUUUGACUCUCUUCGGAACAGACCGUUUUGUUCUCGAAAUAAAUUUGCAAAAAAGGACGUAGCAGUGUCACACAGGGUACAAUUUUCUGACACUAACGAGGAAAGGGAAAUCUUUUUUUACAUAGUGGUAUGAAGUCAGGAUCCCAUACAUGACAGUCCUUAUUUUAUAAUGCAUGUAGCACAGUGCAAUAAAUGUACCUUUUGUACAAACUGUGUUUGCCAGUACAUUUAUAAUGAAAUGUAUUGAAUGUUUUGUAAGUGUAAAUAAAAUUUUGACUGUAAACAGAAUAUAUUUUCUACGAAAGAGAACGUACGAUUUGCAGACUGGUGAGAGAAGAGAAGUCGGGAUGCGGGUUUCGUUAAAGGUUUGCACUUGUAAAUGAGCGCCAUACCCAAAGUCACCCUAGUUUUAAAUGCCCUGCGUCCAUGUAUAUUUAAUAAUUGUAGCAGUGAAAGACUUCAAUAAAAUGUGUUUCCCUUGUGUUUUUGUACAAAUGUCUUCAACAUGAAUGUUACUUCUUUGCAGUUGUUACAAAUAACACAGUUGUUUUUUGUAAGAAAAUGUUGUUGUGUACUUGUUGUUAUUUUUUGUUCAUGACACAGAGCAUAAUUACUUCUGUAAGUCGACAGAUGAAUGGCUUGACUGAUCUAAUGUGGCAUUUAUUUCUAUUACAAUCACCAAGUUUUGAGCGUAACCAUAAAAAUGUUCCUAGCUCUCCAAUCAAAAAUGUACAUCUGAAGCAUGUAAAAAUACAGAUUUUUGUGUGUUUCUUUGAUCAAAUAUAUACCUAAAUUUUUAUGGAUAAAAUGCAUUAUGCAUAUUUUCAUAAAAGAAGCACUUAAAAGAUAACGUUUGAUUAAACAAGUCAAGUCUCUAGACACGCGAGAGACUUCCUGAUUGACCUGGAUAUUCCGCAUACGUACUUCCCAGUUAUUGCUGUUCUAUGAUACCCUCAAAACUCUCUCAUAAUGUAUUUAGUUCACUAAGCACCGUGACUAUGAACUUAAGAACAUACAGCAUAAUGCUAGGCUUCAGCAAUGUCUCUGUACUCUUUCAAGCAAUGCAACGUUUCAUUUACAUUUCUGACCUUCGCCAGCAACUUCUUACCUAAAGCAACUGGGAGUUAUUCGGUUCGCAUUUCAUAAUGUUUGAACAACCACAGUAAGUACAGAAAAAAAUAUGUCACAAUCAUUCGUUAAUAACUGAAAUGAAACGCAAAGAAGAUUAAGACCACUAAGAAACCACUACUGAAAUAGAGGUAAUAGAGUUUUUAUACAAUUACAUAAACGAAAAUGUACACAAAAGAAAUUCAUUCAGUGAAGAACUGGUCGCUCAAAUACUGCUAAAGUUUCGCACAGGAGAAAACCAAAGACGUUACCUUAUAAAUAUAAGUGACUUUAAUAUUCAGUAAAUGAUAUGUGUAAUUAAAAUCCUGUUUCUUUUUUGUGUGUGUAAUUAUUUGGAAAGUAAUGUUUUUUGUAGU